AUGGUUUUUCUCCACCUUGUGUUUUGUCUCCAGUUUGUCGUCUGUCUCCAAUUUGAGUGUCCUCUACAGUUUUUUGGGGUCUAUCUCCAGUUUGGGGUCUGUCUCCAGUCUAUGGUCUGUCUUCAGUUUGGGGUCUGUCUCCAGUCUAUGGUCUGUCUCCAGUUUGUGGUCUGUCUCCAGUUUGUGGUCUGUCUCCAGUUUGUGGUCUGUCUCCAGUCUGUGGUCUGUCUCCAGUUUGUGUUCUGUCUCCAGUCUACGGUCUGUCUCCAGUUUGUGGUCUGUCUUCAGUUUGUGGUCUGUCUCCAGUUUCUGCUUUCUCUCCAGUUUGUGGUCUGUCUCCAAUCUACGGUCUGUCUUCAGUUUGUGGUCUGUCUUCAGUUUCUGCUUUCUCUCUAG